AUGGAUGCCCACGACCUUGUCCUGAAUUGGCGCGGCGAUGUCCUUGAAAACAGUCACAUAGUCCAUGCCGCCAUCGUCGACAGCGACAACAAUCUCCUUUACUCCCUUGGCGACCCAUCCCGCCUUACACUCGCUCGUUCGGCAGCAAAGCCAUUCCAAGCACUUGCAAUCUUGGAGAUCGGAGCAGCUGGAAAGUUUGGAUUCGAUGAAGCCGAUGUGGCACUGAUAUCUGGCUCGCACAAUUGUGAAGACAAACAUAUAUCUCGAGUCACAGCUAUGUUGCAAAAAGUAGGCGUGACGGAACAAGAUAUGAGAUGUGGUGGUCACCCUGCUCUCUCGAAAGUCAUCAACACCAAAUGGCUAAAGGCAGAUUUCGUACCUACAGCAAUCUAUAGCAACUGUUCUGCCAAACAUGUAGGCAUGCUGGCUGCUGCAAAGGCUCUCGGUGUUGGAACAGAGAACUACCACGACCCAUCGCAUCCCGUUCAACUGAAGAUCAAGCAAGUCCACGAAGAUCUCGCGAAUUUGAAACCCGAGGAAAUUCGCUGGGUCAUCGAUGGUUGCAACGCACCUUCCCCGGCAUUACCUCUAUGGAAUCUGGCUCUGAUGUUUGCCGGAUUGGCUCACGCCGCCGAUCAAGACGACGUCUCCCCCGGACCAUCUACGAAAAAUCAGGCACGUAUCUACCGCGCAAUGGCGGCACACCCACACAUGAUUGCUGGCGACUCUCGCUUCUGCACAGACUUCAUGCGCUUAUUCUCCGGCGCUGUAGUCGGCAAACUAGGUGCAGAAGGCUGCUACGGCGUUGGCGUCCGAAAUUGCGAGGCCACGAGACGUCUAGGUGCAAAAGACGGCCUCGGCAUAGCAGUCAAGAUUGAGGAUGGCAAUAUUGACAUCUUAUACGUGGCAUUGAUGGAGAUACUCACUCGACUGGACAUUGGAACAGAGGAGGUCAGAGAAGAAUUGAACAGGUCUUAUUGCAUGAUGCCCAAGAAUACCAUGGGUGUUGUGACAGGUCAUACUUCUUGCAAGAUGGACUUGAAGAGAUGCAACUGA